AUGUCACGGCCGCCGAGACGUGGUGAUUCGCCUUGCAGACGGCAAAUGAUAUCGUCCGCAGGGGUCGAUGAUGAGAGCCGCGUCGCAACGAGUGUACGGUCCUUCGCGGCGUUUAAAAAUUGCGAAGAUGAAGGCGUAGAUGAAUGUAGCCCUCUAGAUAUCCUCGAGAAACGAUCACGCUUAGGAGCUGCUCUCCUUGAUGCUGUUUCGUCACCAACGACGUUCAGAAGAAUAUGGGAAGAAACAGAAGCCAUUUUCCGAGACCGCCAACCCAGUCGUAUGAGACGUCCGGAUAGUGUCCAGAGUAACCCUGAACGUGGCCGAACGGGGCUCAUUUCCUCCACCUCCCCUAGAGAAUCACCUUCCACCGAGACUCGCUCGGCCUCGAGUCCUGACAGGAGCCUGUUGUCUCGGUCUACAAAGUCGAAGGAAAACUCAUCAUCUACAUCCCCCUCCCCUGGAGAUGCCAUAGCUCUUCCCGGUCUCCAGAGCAAGGGACCGAGGGAGCAUGACGAACUUAUACCUUUGGGUGGAGAUGAAAUCGACCAAACGUCGUUCGAUCUUGUAUAUCCAUGCAACGAUGCACCUCCUCAAUAUUCUCUGGAAGUAAUAUCGGAAGCUCUCUUUUCGGCAGAGCAUCUAGAGGCUAUCAUCAACGAUCAGCUCCUACUGGAAAGGUUUGCAUCCUUCCUUUGCGUCUUCAAGCCAAAAUCUGUCCCUCUUCUAGUAUAUUAUUUGGAUGCUCUAAAAGCACUGAAGGCCAUAGGAUAUUCAAACUCCAUUAUUCGAUCCUUGGUCUCUGUUAAGGGAGUAGGCCUUAAUGAAGAGGCGGUGAUCUCAAAUACCAUCAACGAAUCCCUAUUGGCGAGACUUAGCGAGGCACUUCAAACUCUGGCUGGAGAGGACCUACCUGCCUACAUCACUCAUACUUGGAUGCAGACGGUGGCCGUCACUAUCAAGCAGCGGAUUACAAAUACGUUGCCUAACCACCUCCAAGAUCUCUCUGAAGGAUUGGCUGAUGUUUUCUGCUUGAUAGAUCCAUCAAGACAUGACAGCCCAAUUGUAUUUGCUAGCAAAGAGUUCCAUCAAAUGACCCAGUAUGGAGCUGGCUAUGUCCUAGGCCGAAAUUGUCGUUUCCUUCAAGGGCCUGGCACAAGCCAAUCGAGCGCGAGAAGAAUAAAAGAGCAUUUGGACGCCGGAAAGGAGCACUGCGAGGUUCUACUAAACUACCGCCGAGACGGCUCUCCAUUCAUGAACCUCGUCAUGGCCGCACCUCUUCUAGACAACCGUGGAAUCAUCCGGUAUCACAUCAGCGCCCAAGUAGAUGUCUCGGGUCUGGCGAAGGAAUAUGUAGGCUUCGAGUCUCUUAGGCGCAUUGUUGACCGGAGGCAGCACAGCGAGGACGCCAGUGCUCAUACGAGCGCCAAAGAUGAAUUCCGCGAGCUCGCAGAAAUGUUUACUUCCUCGGAGAUGAAAAUCGUUCAAGAGGUAGGCGGUAGUACGCACCGUCGCCGCCGGGAAGACGCGACAGGCUCCGAGACAGGUUUGAGACACCACGGUCCGACACGCGUAGACUCCGACCCCUUGCCUCGAAUAUCGACCGCGUCGGCUAGUCGCGUUACCAGCCUCUUCGAACACUACCUCCUAGUCCGCCCACACCCUCACCUACGGGUCCUCUUUGCCUCCCCGUCCCUCCGGUUCCCCGGCAUGCUGCAAAGCAGCUUCAUGUCCCGGAUCGGGGGCCCGCCCGCUGUCCGAGAAGCAGUCGCCCAAGCAUUCGCCUCCGGCCGCGGAAUCACCACCAAGGUCCGUUGGGUGACCCGGAUGGACAGUCGCGGGAAGAGCAGAUGGAUACACUGCACGCCGCUGCUGGGGUCGAACGGGGCUGUUGGCGUGUGGAUGGUGGUGCUUGUCGAUGACGAUGCGGAGGCCGAUUUACGACGUCCUCGGGACGCGCCGCGCGUAGACGUGAAAAUCGACGGGCAGAGGCCCUUCGAUGGGUGUUGUCCAUCGUCUGCUUUGGCAAGUCCUUCAGGAGACGUGGAGAUCGAAGCAUGCACAUCAGGAUCUAGUAGCCCAGCACACAAGAAAGCAGGAUCUACUACGAUAUGA